AUGCGUGAUGGUGUAGGGGAGAAUCAGAAAAAUUAUAACUGUAAGAACCCUAUGCGUAUAAGAUAUAAUGAGGAAUAUCUAACAAUGUAUCAACAACCAAGACAAAUGAGAAUUAACGCACAAAAAAAACCUCCUGUUCCUUCUUUACCUCCUAAAAAUAAGUAUACUCCUGCUACUUAUCCUCCUGGUUGGACACCCGAUGCCAGUGGUCAACCACAACCAGGACCAAGAGGACCACUGGACCCCUCUCAAGGAGGAUCGUUCCCUUUACCAUCAGGUGCUUGGGCACCUGCACCUGGUCCUUCAUUACCUCAGCAAUAUUUUUAUCCUUGUGAGGCUGAGGGUGACGCAAUGCAAAAAGGAAGUCGUCUUGCAUUAGAACAAAUAAAAUUAGAGAAUAAAAUGGUACAAAGAGAAGUAUUAGUAUUAGUAGAAGAAAUAUGUGGUGGUCCAAUAUGUGAGACAAUGAAGGCAAGAAUGAAGAGAUUACUACAGAAAUUGAGAUCCCUUAUUCUUGCAUUUGAUCCUGCACAUCCAGCUGAUGGUCGGCGUAUGGUGCAACUGUUGGUGAAUUACCAAUUGCCUGGCUAUGAGAUUUGUUUAUUUUUAGGGAAUGUUAUGUCAUUAUAUAGCGAUUUUAUAUCUUUUUUUGCACAAGAUGAUGUCGCUAUAUGGCGACCAUGCAGAGAAGUACAACAAUUCUACUUACAUAUGGCUUUCUCUUUAGAUAGUGUCUUCUUGUUUAAAUUCAUCAUUAACUUCGGAAAACUAUUUGCAGGACCAACAGAUGUAUUCAAAUGGGAAGAACUUCUUUAUGUCCUCAUGGAGCACCGAGAUAGAUUCAGACCCUUCUUUGCUGCUCUUCUUGCCUCUCGCCUAAAGAGUCGUGUGCAAAAGAGGCUCGUAGAAGAAGGAUCGCCACAAGAAAUAAAAAAUAAAUAUCCUCCAGAGCCCGUUAAAUAUCCUUGUGAGGAGAGACUACUAACACAUAAAGUAUUAAGUGAUUAUGGCUCUCUAUUUAGUAAAGAAGAGGCGAAGGAAUUUAACGAAUUACUUAAGAGAUGGAAGUAUGGAGCAGCAAGGCAAGAAACAGAUAUAAGAAGAGCAAAUGCAGCAGCAACAGCAGCAAAUAGAAGCAGCAGCAGAACAAGAACAUUCCCUCCCUCUUCUGCCCCUCAGGUCUUCUGGGCAUAA